AUGUCAAAAGGGGUCGAUAAAAGGUUAAAAGGAGAAAAGGACAUUGAUGAAACUGAGUUAAAUAAGUGGUUGGCGACAUUAAGAGAAUAUGCUAAUCCGGCUAAUGAAUUAAAAAAUACAGUUUAUACUGCCAAUUAUGGAAAUGACCUUGGUAAUAAAUAUUAUGAAAUAAAAGUUAAAAAAUAUUAUAAACUUCUUUGUGAAUUAAAGGUUUGGAAAGCCUGCGGUUUUAACAAGGUUGAAGAGAUAUUAAAAGCGAACGCCAACGGGAUUAAAAUUGCUGAACGGGGAACCUCAACCGGCUCGGUUUUAAUUGGUGAUGCCACCCACCGAGGUUUGGUGGAGGAAAAAAGAAUUGAUGGCACCGAUGACCCGCAGGCCACCGCUAAUAUAGCCGAAAUUAAAAAAGUGCUAAGUGGGGGAAAAUAUAAAGGAGUGAAAGUUUAUGAUGUGAAUAAAGAGCAAGAAGAAGCGAGUGAGUUUGAGGAAGAUGGAACUAUGGAUAGUGUUACGAUUAGUGGAUUUAGUUUUAAUACCAUGAAAGUUCCCUAUGAGAAUUGA